AUGUCGGAGGAGAUGGAAGUGGGCGAGUUAUCCCACGGGACUUCUGCUCGUGAUCAUGUCGAUUACGCUGAACCACCACAACUGAGUAAAAAUCUUCCAAAAUUAAGCGAGCUCCCCAAAGCGUUUAUACCAUGGGAGAGAGUCGAACUUCCUACAGAUGUUCUGCUUGUUACCGUAAAGGAUUGGGAGUUUUUGAGUUGUUACCAGUUUCUCAGAAACCCACAGAGGAGUUACUAUCAGGGACUCGGGAUUGUGUACUUUGGAGACAUGGGUGAUGUUGGGCAUAAAUUGAAUGUUUCCUUGUUGAGAUGUUCUGAGGGUGCAGCCGGUCCUGGUGCAGCCCUAAGUAAGGUGAGCACUGCCAUCAAAACAUUACGACCUAAAGUUGUUUUUUGCGUCGGGUAUUGUGGCGGUCUCUCCUACGAAAAAGUCAAGUUAGGAGAUGUCGUGAUCUCAAAGAAGAUAAUCACAUAUGCGCAUAAAAAAGUCAUGAACGAUCGAGAGCAACCUCGUGGUUAUGUGGCUCCUGUUAGCAGUGAUAUAGGUGACCUCAUCAGAGACGCUGCCAGCGGAUGGGAGGCUCCAUUUAUGAAGAAACCGGAAGUAAAUUGGGAGCCGGUUGUGCAUUGCGAUGGUGUAAUUUUGAGCGGCCCAGAGCUUGUGAAUUGUGAGUGGCGACGUCAGGAACUCCUUGAAAUAUAUCCAAAAGCGAUCGCAAUCGAAAUGGAGGGUGAAGGUAAGAAUCGAGCAUAAAUGUCUGCUGAGUAAAAUUAGUUUCAAAAAUUGUCUUUGAUUAUGCGUGGCCAGAUAGAGGUGCUAAUGUGAGUAGGGAAUAUAUUUCUUUACCUGAAUGUGUAUUAGUAUAAAUGGGAAUUAUAAAGGAAAAAUGAGAUGAACAGAAUUUGGAGAAAGCUCAUUAUGCAUAUUCAUGGAUCCAUAUGCUAUAGGAAGAGGAACAACACCUACCCAAUCUUAUCAACUAUCAUGCAGUGGAAAUCUGGGGCUGACAAUGAAUCUCGUGUUUACUAAAAAAACAAAUGAUUGCUAUGAUUAAACCAAAACUCAAUUUGAAAUUGCUUUUCAUAUCCUUCAGCAGUUUUUUUAGGUUCAGUGGUUUAAAUUUCUUUUAAGAAAUGUUUCUCCUAACCUAUCAAGCAAUCAGUGGUAUGGAAAAACAUAUCAGUUAGCCUCCUAUGUGUUAAAAUGAUAGUUAAUUAUUCUCCAGUGCAUUUAAAGCUCUUUUGAAAUGUCUUAACCUGAGCUCAGUGGUAUGGAAAAAAAACAGCCUCUGUGUUAAAAUGAUAGUUAAGGCAAAGCUCUAAAUAAUAGCAGAGCUUGCAGAGCGUAGCCCCAUAAUUAUACAAAAUAGUAGCAACCCAUCAAGCCGAAAAAAUUUGGACUUACGACUGUAUGACCGUAUGACUGCACAACCAACCUUACAAGAUGCUACUUUUAACAUGCGUGGUCAACUAUACCGUGGGCACACCAAUGCCAAGGAUUUGUCCAGUAGUCUAGUGGUCAGUGCACUGGGCUCCGAGUUGGACAACCUGGGUUCUAGUCCUGGCCGGGGCAAGGCAUUAUGCCCUUAAGACGUGUGGGAAGAAAAAAUGCAAGCUCCGCUUUUAGGCUUGGCUAAAUCUAUAUAUCAUGAAAAUGAUCAUGUUCAAUCUGAAACAAACAUAACUAUCAUUUUUACAAGAAAAGGUUUUCACUUGAGCUAACUCGGAAAGAAAUAACUGGGCUUACCAGUAAUCAAAACUAUAACAAAAUUCUCGAACAUGAUUGGUUAUCACCAACCUGAUUUGAGCACUAAUAGGUCAUGCUUGUAAUUGGACAGUGUAAUAGAACAGUUGAAGGGACAGUUAACAUGUCAUGCCUGUGUAAGUGAACAGAAUGCAUUAUAUGGGUGUGAUGUUGUCUCACAUUUCACCAAGUUAACUAUUGCUUUGUUUUAAUUUGAUUAACAAAUCACAAUAUCAUUUGUGAUUACCAACUGGGACUCCCACUUUGCAGUCGUCUGAUUUUGUUAAUCACUUGUAUGAUUACAGACCGAAUUGGACUCCACUCAGUCCUACCUAUUACCAUUAUUAAUUUUGACCUUGUUUGAAUGAAAAAUUCUUGUUUUGGGUUCAGGUAUUUUUGCUGCUGCUUAUGAUCUUAAGAUGGAGUGGGUUGUUGUGAAAGGUGUAUCAGAUUAUGCUGAUGGCAACAAGUCAAAAACUGAAGCAUGGCAACCAUUUGCAAGUGUCAUGGCAGCAUCAGUUGUGGAAAACAUGUUGAAAUUUCCUGGUGUACUCAAAGAUUGGCAGCACUACAAGGGGGUGAAUCAUUCACAGUCAGGUACACAUAAGAGCUUGUUUUGAAAUAAAGGAAAAGAACUUGGUAAUCAAUAAUGUUAUACUGGUUUAGUGGUUGAAAAACACUGAUAGUUGGUAAUUAACACAAUGUGGCUUAUUAGAACAAUUUAUAUACUACAUUGUAAAUUACACUGGGAAAAAUGGGUCAAUAAUAUCAGUAUCUGAGCAACUAAAUACCUAUCUUUAUACCCUAACACAACAUCACUCAACUGAUAACAAGUUAGCAUUAAUGUUGGGUUUGGGGAGUGGUAGGCUGUACAGUUACUUUGAUACUGAGAUUUAUCCAAAACAGGCAGGUACACUGGCCUUUGAAAAUCAUGUCAUGAUACUGUUGGGCUUGAAGAUUCAUUCAAGUCACAUACAUUCUGUGUACUGAUAAAGAGUUGAAGGUAAGGGAGUGUAGAAAAAUAACAGGGAAAUACUCUAUUUAGUUGGAAUUGGUGACACAGAGGAUAUUAAUCAUAGAUAAGGUUUAUUUCCAUUUAAUGUGUUGCAUUCAUGAGAAAUAUAAAGUCUCACUGCCAAUAUCAUUUUCUAAUAUAGCUAGGAUCAAAAAAAGGAAGGAAAAUGAUAACAAAAACAUCAAGCUAACAUUGAUAAAACAUAAAUGCUCAUGAAACAUAAAAUGCUCACUAAAACAUAAAUGCUCUCUAACCCUACCCCUGACCCUAACCCUUCAAAGAAACCCCUUCCACAAAUGAGUAUACCUCCCUAUUUCAUUUAAAAAUGAUAUACAAGCUGUUACAAACUAGGAACUGAUAUGAUUUGUAUGCAAAAGAGAACAUAUUCAGUAAGUGGCAGCUGUUACUAAAUGAAUCAAUCAUUUAACCUUGGGUGAGACACCAAUAAUUUAGGUAUAAUCAAUGAUCUCUUUCUGGUGCAGGAAGAAAAUGGGGCACACUCAUUGGUCUAUUGAUGGCGUUUGUGGUACUGCUUAUUGCCAUUGGAAUCAUGUACUUCUCUCUUCCUCCAUUGCCUCCAAAAGAGCAUGUGGGUGCAAAGGGAUUUGACACGCAUCAAGGUAAAGUUUACUUGGAUAUAUUUGGCAUGCUAUAAUUGUUUUGUCAAGUGAAGCCUAAAGGUUAUGAUACCAUGUGAUGAUGGGUUAGUCUAUUCUUAUAGCUGGGUUUAUAAGCAGAGGCUGAAGGAGUCCAACUUAAAUGUUCCCCUAGGCUCCAGCUAGGAUAUUUAAAGAUUUAUUGGUGGUGAUUGAUUUCCUAACCAUCAGAGUAGUUUUGGACUGAAUGAAUUCAAAACAAUGACAUAGUGGGGUGAUUUACAGUUAGGACACCUAGCCAGCCAAAACUUUUGCAAUUCAAGUUCACAUAAAAAUGAGCUGGAUCCCAAUGAAAGCACCAGCCCCUCUCACCUACCUUUGGCUCAUUUGGGGCAGUUUGUAUAGGAAGGUCAUGGUUAUCCAUGUGAGCCCUCUCCUUUCUAAUCAGUCAAUGUUAAGGAAACAAACCUAUCAUUAAACACGGUAAUUUAGUAUCGUCAACUGACUUGAUAAUGUAACCUGGCCACAGUAAGGAGUUAAAAAGCUGAUGUUUUGAGCAUUAGCCUUUUGGCAGAGCCUUUCAAUUCCAUCACUCUGAUGAAGGGCUAACGCCUGAAGGGUCAGCUUUUAAACUCUCUACAGUGGCCAAUUAAUGUUGUCAACUCACUUGAUAAUACUAAAUUACCAUGUUAUAUUCUCCAACUGGGGCAUUACCACAGUUUGUCUAGAAGCUUGCCCCCUUUAUUCUAUAGUUAAACAGGUAUUACAAAGUGAUGUUUGACUCUUUUAGGUUCUGGACCACAACGUGAUGAUACAGUGGCUAUUUUACUUCAAUCCAUCACUGGAGGACCAUCAGGCCAGGUUUGUAACGAGUAUGAAAAUAUUGCCUCCAUCAAACAGAUUUAUGUAAACUAAAGUUAGAUUGCAUUGUUCAAAUGCUGAAGAAACUUAGAGCCAAAUGUGCAAUUAGUUGAGUUGCAACUUUUAAUUGACCCAAUUAGUAAAAAGUAUCCAACAAAUCUUUUUCAACCCAACUGAUCAGUAACUAUUUAUUACAUGUAGUAAUCUCCUUGAUCUCAUCUUGCAUAUUAUCCCAAAAUAUUACUGUGCCUUUUGCAAAUGAGUGUCAUGUAUAUCCCUUUAAUAUGUUUUUUUCUUCAAUCUCUGAUCACAUGCAUGUAUGCUAGUCCAAUUUUUCGGCUGAUCAAUUAUGGUGUAUUGGAUACAUCUUAAGCCUUGACUGUUUUUUAAACCUUUAACCCUUUCACUCCCAAGAUCUAAUUAGUAAUUCUCCUUACUAUCUGCCAUACAAUUCUUAUGAUGCUAGUUCAGAGAAUUUGGUAUUGGAUCAACUAAUAAUCCCAUGGUUGGCAUUCUUCUCUAUUCUCAUCACCUGCCUGCUUGAUAUUGUAAGGAGAAAUUCUGUCUUGAUCACUUGUGGGAGUGAAAGGGUUAACUCCCAAGAUCUGAUCAUUAACUCUUCCCUCUAGCUGCUACACAUUUCCAUGUAAAUAAAUUAGGAGAAUUUGGUGUUAGAUCAAGACUACUAACUUCUAACUGAUAACUUUGAGUAUUCUCAUUACAUGUUGGUUGGAUAAUGUGUGGAUGUCAUAGGGAGAAGUUACAUGUUAAUCACUUAUGGGAGUUUCAUAUUGUCCCAAUAUAUUACUAUUAAAAUGUUUUUUAGCAUCUCUGAUCAUGUAGGGUACACAUAUGCCACUCCAAUUUUUGGAUGAUCAGUUGUGAUAGCUUUUGAAGCAGUGUAUUGGUUACAUCUAAAGCCUUGACUUGUUUCUUAAACCUUUAACUCCCAAGAUCUGAUGUUAAUUCUCCCAUCUAGCUGCUACAAAUUUCAUUGUAAAUAAAUUAGGAGAAUUUGUGUUAGAUCAAGACUACCAACUUCUGCCUGAUAAGUUUGAGUAUUCUCGUUACAUGUAGGCUGGAUAAUGUGUGGAUGUUAUUGGGAGAAGUUACUAUAAGUUAAUCACUUAUGGGAGUUUAAGGGUUAAUCUAGACAGGAUUUAAAUUUUGUAUCUUUGUAAUUCAACCUGCACUCUUCAUCUCAAACCUAGGAGGUUUGUUUAAACAGGAGUCCAUUUUAUAAUUACUUAGCAUUAAAUCUCAGAAAAUUAACUUUUAAAAUUCAUUUAUGCCUAUUAUUUCUUCAAAUAAUGUAAAAAAAUUAACGAGAACAAAUUUACUCUCAUCAGGUAGACAGUUACCUUUAUUAAUUGGAGUGAUAAAAGUGAUAAUUCAUCUGAUAUGUAACACAAUGUGCUGAAGUGUCUUUUUUGAAAAAAAAUUUUAAAGGGUGUGUCUGUUCUUACAUUUUGCAGGUGAAUUACAAGGAUCGUACAAUAAGCUACAGGGCAAAAGGUCGAGUUCACUCCCUGGAUGAACUGUGGGUUUACGAUGGUACAGCCUGGGACAUUGAAAGUGGAAUAAAAGCUAAAGUUAAGCACUAUAAGCAAAGUGAAGAUGCUGUUAAAGAUGCUGUGUCAGAGGUCAUAAAGAAACUUAGAGAACAGGGAAUAAUUAAGGACUGAUUUGCCUUUUUGGUUUCCACCACACAGUACAAUUUGUAUGUACAAAAUAGCUUGUAAUAGUAGACUAAGAUACUUGGUUACUGUCGCAACUUUAAAGUGUUUGAUCAGCACUGAAGAUUUCUCAAACGAUAUGCUGCAAUUUGUUACGGGAAAAUUUAGUGAUUUUUCCGUGUGUUUAUUUGGAUCAUAUCUACGCAUAAACUUUUCAAGUUAACCAUCUUCGCAAAUUGCAAAAAUAUAGAAAAGCCACAGUACUUUUUGAAUUACCAACUAUUACAUUUUGCUUUUUACUUUGUCUUUCAUCAUCUCUGUACGUCGGUACUUUGAUGACCAUUACUGUUGAAAUUGCAUGUAAGUAGAAGUGUCAAUGCUCUCUCUGGUAAUACAAAUAUAAGUGUUGAUGAUCUUUCUGGAAAAUUGGUCCUCAUUGAAGUUGGCAGCUGAGUGUGCGCUCGUAAGUUCGGUUUCCUUUCAUAGGUUAAUUUCUCACGGCGCCGCUUUUCUGAACUUAACAUCAAUAUCGCAUAUAGAUAAGCAGAAAUUAUCACUACUUCUCACUUUUAUUUCCUAAGCUGCUCUUCCGCAAUUAGGUUAGGUGUUUUUCCAAUAUCAAAGCUCUGACUUAAGUUUGCUCUUUUUAAUGACGUAGAGUCUAUUGUAUCCGUUCCUUAGUUUUGAAAUUCUUCCCGAACAGAUGGAAUAUUUAACAAGAAUCGCUCAACUACAAACAAAAAAUUUUCCACUUUUUUAGUUAUACUAUUCAAAUAUGGUAGAUUUAUAAUGGUAUAGGACCAAGAAGAGUCCAGUUCGGUCAGUAAUCAUACCAGUGAUUAUCAAAAUCGGAUAGCGGAAUCCGAUUUGUCAAUCACGAGUAUGAUUACAGACAGAAUUGGACGACACGAAGUCCUGUUACCAAUUAAUCACAACUACUACAAUUUCCGAUUUAAAAAAAAAAAACAAGUACAUUUAGGACAAACAGGUCCAGUAAGGACAGUGUCUUAAGCAAACAAUUUGGAAAAUUUCAGUUUUUUUUCGAGGGUAAGUGGUUGUUGCCAUGGUUAUUGUGAUCAAUUCUGUGAUUGGUGGGUUCAGCCGAGAGGACUUAGUAUGAUCGGCUACUUCAACUUUCCGAUUACAGGUGUCUGAUUACAGCCAACUGUCAGAUUACGCUGUCCAAUUACAACUGUACAGAGUGGUUAGUGAAAUAUCAAGCACCUGAUGCACCAAUCACAUUUUGGAAAUUGUAAUGGUUAUGAUUAAGAGAAAAAUAGAACCACGUGCUUGUUAGUACUUAUGGAAGUACAUUGUAAAGCUUUUCAGAUUGUAUAGACGACUGCAUGACGAUUACAUUGAUGAUUGUGUGGCGAUUACGAAGUUGAGUACACUAGAGUUCAUGUCGGUUGUCGACUUGAACUGAAAUAAAGUUACUGUGGAAC